AUGGAGACUCGUUUGGUUGUAUUCCAUGGCGCUCACUUUACGCUUUCUACCUGGCUAAUUCUUUAUGUGCUGCCUUACUCCAUCAUCACAUCCCUGAACGUGAGCGGUGUAGCUGAGGAGCACUUCUUUAAAACCCGACACUUCGCUGAAGUUGCUUCCCCUGCGCGUCUGAGAGUCGGAGGGAGGGGAGAAGCAUUCCCCAACAUCUCUUCUAACGAUGGAGACUCGGGUUUUGGCACUUUUCAGCUUGGGAAGAAUCUCUUAAACCAGCUUAGACCUCUUUCUACCUGGCUAAUUCUUUCCUCCUUGUAUGUUUUUCCAAAUGUAAAGGCAGAAAUAAGUUGCGCGCCAUGUAUGUCGCCAAUGCAAGUGAAUUACGCAGGGGAUGAGCGUCUGCGUGACCCGCCUGAUUCUGGGAAAUAUCUGAGACAGGAUCAAAAGAAACCCAAGCUGAUCACAGUUCUUUACCCGAAUGUUGGAGUACCCACUGGACUAGAGGUGGAUGGUUUUCCAGGGAUCGCGCCGAAAUUGGAAAGAAACGCAGAGGGGAUAACCUCCCGUGCGCCUUUGGGGAACUUCACCGAGUCCGCUUUAGAUGAAGAAUUGUUUUCGGAUGAAUAUGUGAAAAGUGAAUCUGUAUUGGAAUCCGAGGACGCCGCGUUAGGGAGAGCCAAAAGAAGCGUGCCCGAGUUUCUGGAGAGCGCGCGGAGCGCUGAUGCUCGCUCGGAGGAGCAGAGAAAAACCUCCGGUCUGCGGGUGGAUGGACAGAGUAAACGCGCCGAAGUUCGCUGGAACAAGGAUGAUGAGCAUGAUGGCAGAGUAUCGGAUUCCAGACCAGACGAACCCAAACUGACCAGCAGCACUUUUGCUCUGGCUGGAGACUCCGCACACAACCACGCAGUCGUGUACUGGACUGGAAAAAACAGCAGUGUGAUUCUGAUUCUCACCAAGCUGUAUGACUUUCACCUUGGCAGUGUAACGGAAAGCACUUUAUGGAGAUCAACCGAUUAUGGCAGCACUUAUGAGAGGCUGAAUGAUAAAGUGGGAGUCAAGACUGUUUUGAGUUACCUCUACGUCUGCCCCACCAACAAGAGAAAGAUAAUGGUGCUGACUGACCCAGAGUUUGAAAGCAGUGUUCUCAUCAGCUCAGAUGAAGGUUCCAGUUAUCAGAAGUACCGCUUGAACUUCUUUGUCUUAAGUCUUCUUUUCCAUCACACACAAGAGGACUGGGCUUUGGCCUACAGUCACGAUCAGAAGCUGUAUAGCUCAUUUGACUUUGGUCGAAAGUGGCAGCUAGUUCACGAGCGAGUGACUCCGAACCGCUUCUACUGGUCAGUAACUGGUCUGGACAAGGAUUUAGGUCUGGUACACAUGGAGGCCCACACUCCUGACGGCCAUUGUCAGUAUGUGACAUGCAGAGCUCAAGCCUGCUCUGAAUCCAGUAGGACUUAUCCAUUUUCUGGUUAUAUUGAGACCAACUCACUCGUGGUUCAAGAUGAAUACGUGUUUGUUCAGGUGACGACUACUGGCAGAGCAAGCUACUAUGUGUCCUAUCAAAGAGAACCUUUUGUACGCAUUAAAAUCCCCAAAUAUUCUCUGCCCAAGGACAUGCAUAUCGUGAGCACAGAUCAAGGUCAGGUUUUCACCGCCGUCCAGGAGUGGAACCAGAAUGAUACCUACAACAUGUACAUAUCUGACACACGUGGGGUGUACUUCACCUUGGCCCUGGAAAACGUCAGGACCAGCCGUGGCCUCGGAGGCAACAGCAUGAUCGACCUUUACGAGGUAGCAGGGAUUGAAGGUAUGCUCAUCGCUAACAGGAAGGUGGAGAACCAGGUGAAGACGUACAUUACUUACAACAAGGGCCGAGACUGGAGGCUUUUGCAGGCGCCCACUACUGACCUGGCAGGAAAUCCCAUUCAUUGUGUGCUGCCGUUUUGCUCGCUGCACCUACAACUGCAGAUGUCAGAGAACCCAUACCUCUCAGGCUCCAUCUCCACCAAGAGCUCAGCGCCAGGAGUCAUCGUGGCUACAGGGAAUAUUGGCUCUGAGCUGUCUUACAGUAAUGUGGCGAUGUUCAUUUCAUCAGACGCAGGCAAUAACUGGAGACAGAUUUGUGAGGAAGAGCACAACGUGUGGUUUUUGGACAAAGGUGGAGCUUUGGUUGCCGUGAAGCAGCCCACUGUGCCCACUAGACAUCUUUGGAUCAGCUUUGAUGAAGGUCGUCAGUGGACACGUCACAGUUUCUCAGCCAUGCCGCUGUUUGUGGAUGGCGUUCUGGUGGAGGCAGGUGCAGAAAAUCAGAUCAUGACGUUUUUCGGACACUUCAGUCAUCGUUCUGAAUGGCAGCUUAUCAAAAUUGACUACAAGUCCAUAUUCACCAGAAGGUGCACAGAGGGAGACUACCAAACCUGGCACCUGCAUAACCAGGGUGAGCCAUGCAUAAUGGGUCAAAAGCAGAUCUACAUGAAACGUCGUCCCGGAAAUUACUGCAUGGUGGGAUGGGACAACUCCAGGAUCCUGUCUGCAGAACCCUGCAUCUGCAGAGCACACGACUUUGAAUGUGAUUAUGGUUUUGAGAGAAGAGGGGAUGGAAACUGUCUGCCUGCAUUUUGGUUCAACCCUUCUACGUUGUCUCAAAGCUGUAGCCAAGGGCAAAACUACCUCAACAGCACUGGGUAUCGUAAAGUGGUUGCGAAUAACUGCACAAAAGGAGUGAAGGAGAUGUACACAGCCAGGAAACAGCAGUGUCCGAACCGCCCCCCACGAGGUUUAGUUCUGACAACCCAUGAUGACAAACUCACAGCCAACAUGGGCAGCAAUGUGACCUUCCUGGUGCGGCUAGAGGAGGGAGACUCUAUGAGGACAAACAUUCAGCUGGAUUUUGGAGACGGUACGGCCGUGUCCUACUCCAACCUGAGCUGGACGCAGGAGGGCAUCAGGCACGUGUACCGCAGUGCUGGGAUCUUCAGAGUAACAGUGCAGGCGGAGAACAGCCUCGGGUUCGACACAUCAUCCCUCUACCUGCAUGUGACAUGCCCUGUGGAGCAUAUUCAGCUGCUGGCUCCAUAUGUGGUCAUUAAGAAUAAGGAGGUGAACUUGACGGCAGUGGUCUGGCCUUCUCAUUUCAGAACGCUCACCUAUUUCUGGUGGCUGGGGAACAACACGGAGCCCAUAAUUACGUUGGACAGCAGUGUUUCUCACACGUUCAGCACCGAGGGCAUGGUCACCAUCACUGUUCAGGUCUCGUCAGGGGACUCUAUACUACAGGACACCAGAAGCAUCGCCAUACAAGAAUUCUUCAAAUCGCUUCUUUUAUCUUUCUCUCCUAAUCUGGACGAGGCCAACCCGGACAUCCCGGAGUGGAGACAGGAUGUGGGUCGGGUAAUUAAGAAGGCUGUUCUCCAAGUCGCUGACAUUUCAGAAGAACAGCUGCUGGUGGCCGUGUUUCCAGGCAUUCCGACUGCCGCCGAACUCUUCCUGCUUCCUCCUCCCAGGAACCAAUCAGAUGGCAGGAAACAGACCGAGGAGGAUCUGGUGCAGAUCUCAGAAAUCCUGGUUAAUGCAUUGAAUCAGAUCUCUGUGGAGUUCGAGUUGAAACCUGGCUCCCGGGUCAUCGUUUACAUCACGCAGUUAACUUUAGCUCCACUGGUUGACUCCAUCCCGAGACACAGCAGUUCUGCUAUGCUGAUGCUUCUGUCUGUGGUGUUUUUGGGUUUAGCUGUAUUUCUCAUCUACAAAUUUAAGAGAAAAAUCCCCUGGAUUAACAUCUAUGCGGAGGUGAACCAUGAGAAAGAGCAGGAGAUGAUCAGUACGGUGGGCCAGAAUGACACCACACCAAAAAUCACCCUGAGUGAGUUCUCCACCCAGAAAGAACUGAGGGAGAAAGAGCAGGAGGCCCGUGCCAAACGCGGUGUGAUCAACAACUGUGAAAGCACAAGGGAGAUCCCGAACUGCACGAGUGUCUGAAAACUUCAGGAACGAAGCUGGAGGCAUAUUGUAAUAAUGUGUACAGAGGUAUCACAGUUUUAAAGGUUGACAGUUUUCCUUUUUGCUUUUUUUUGUAAUUUCAAAACAC